UCUCAUCAGUUGGUAGUUCGUCCACCGAUUCAAGUCAUGUCGGGAGAUGAUGUUUUUCCUCGAAAUGAUGAUGUUCCCCACGUGAAUAAUCACCCUGGUGACUUGUCACUCGUCAAACACACAGCUGACAGCAAGGAUAAUAAAUUUUAUGGGGUUUUAUUCCUCGGAGCUGUCACUGGGAUUUCUGCAAUUAUUGGAUUUGGCACAACAGUGGCAGCUGUCAGGAAAAAGGAUCCCAAGUACUUCGAGGAAGGGGUGGUUGGGGUGAGGGGUACGACAGAGGCUGGGGUUUCCCUGGCGAUGAGGGCCCUGGGAUGGGGAACGGUCUAUGCAGUCACUGGUUGCAGUUUGAUAUUUUAUGGGAUCUGGAAACUGUCAGGUGCUACCAAUGCUUAUGAGUUUCGAAAUAAAAUGGGGUCUCUUCUCCCCAGGAUAUCGAAGAAAGAUCCUCCACAGAGCAGGACUGAAUUUGAGGGCCUCAACGAUUUUCUCACUUAUAUUUCUGAAGAAUGGGGAAAGGACAAGUCCGGAGACAACAACAAAUAAAUUAAGGCAAUGAUUAUUCGAGAUUACGUGUAUAUAUUUAAUUGAUUAAGUUGAUUAUUGAAGUUUUAAUGACGGAUUUGGAUUUUUUUUUAUUAAAACAAAUCGAAUGGAAGAGAUUUGUGAUGAUUUACUUUUUUUUUUGAACCCUUUUGGGAGGAACUCCGGAAUAUCUCGGGAUCUGAAGGAGAUCCAGGAAUUUCGUAGAGAACUUUUUUGUAGAGAAUUUCAAGAUCUAUUUUUUCGUUCUCAACAUUUUUUCUCUCUCUCCCAUACAUUUCGAAGUAUGCGUGCAGAACUCGUCGAGGAAAAAUCCUGAUGACUAGAAAACGGGGAUUUGAAUUUCAGGAUCUAGCGCGAAAUCGAGAGGAAAUAAGAAAAUUUGUGUUGAAAACUUUUUGUAGCUAACAAAAUUUUCCACAAAACACUUCCUACAACUAUUUUUUCUAUCCCCCAUGGGUCACGAGUUAUUCCACAAAAACUGGACCUUGAUCCUCGUUAUCUUGUUUUUUUUUCACGUGAUUGAGAUUAUUUUGCGGAAAUUCGAUUACGAAAGAAACAUCUGAUCUCAAAAUUCAUUACCGGCACAUCCGGCUGAUGUACUAUAAAACUUGCUAUCUAAUCUCCCGUACUAAUGGACUUUUAAACACAAAAAUUAUUAUUAAAAAACGGAUAAAAAUUAUAUCAGAGAUAGCAUCACUAAAUCAUUCGAUCGCUUGAUGUGGAAUCAAAAACGCCUGGACAAAUUAGUUUUGGUAUCUUCAGCUUUAGUUACAUCAUCGACUUAUUCUCGACGAUGUCAAUCCCUCAGUAAUGAGCAAACAGGCUGUAUGGAAUAAUUGAUUCCAUUUCCGUGACUUCGUCUACUCAACUUUUGACCAUUGACCAACAGAAAAAAAAAUUGAGGAAGAAGGAAAUCGGGAUUGAAUACAAAACAAUCAGUGUCCUUCACAUGGUAUAAUAAAGCUUCUUUCUCAUGUUGUUUUUUACAUAAUUAUAAUGUAUUACAAAAAUUUGACACAUUCCAGAUGCGCUUGGAGUACUUAAGUCGUUAAAAAUAUUGAAAAUAAUUUUUCUUUUCGAUUUUGUGGAGCUCCCGAGUCGUGUCGUGGAUUUUACAAUGAAUUUGUUAAAUAACUCUUCGUGAUGUUCGAGGCUUUUUAUUCAGUUCUUGAGCAUUUGAGAAAUUCGGUUUUCGACAUUCUCUUGAUUUUUCUCGGGAACGAGCGGUUUUAGAAUAAAACGUAUUAGAAACUUUUUAUGGAAAAUCAAAUUUCCGACAAAAAAUUCUAAUGAUAUUUUUCGGCGAAAUGUGUCGCUCCGGAGAUAUUUCCAUUUGUUUAAUUCAAAAAAUUGAACAGUUGAAUUUUGACAUUCAAUUUUUCUCUGUAAAUUUUCGAAAUAUCCCGAAAUCCGUUGGGUUUACGAUAAAAAUAGAUAUGACAUUUUUUGUAGAGAAUUAAAUUCCCCACAAAAAAUGUCCACGUGAACUGCCUCUUAGACGCUCUCCGGUCGGUACAACCACAAAAAAUCACCAUUAAAAAUUCCCGACACGACUCCAUUACCGAAUUAUCAACGAAAAUAAACAAAAUUGGAGAAUCUAGAUGAUUAGAGAAAGUAAAUUGGCCAAGAUGAAGGGGUAUACGCGCUUUGAGAGAGUACUUAUCGAUUUUAAAGCACGUCCUGCGCGCUUUGUACGCCCAAAACGUAUGCCCAUACCGAUUGUUAUUAUUUUCGGAAAUUUCUAAAAAAAACAAACAAAAGCCUCCAUGACUAAAAAAUUAUCCUCCGAGUAGUCUCCGGCGCCCCGGGCUGACCUCAGCAAUUGGCAAUGACCCAGAAAAAAAAUUCUGAGGAGCAAGUGUCACGUACUGUCCGAUUUAUGACAAUUUUUAUUUUUACAAUUUUCUCUCUCCAGGGAAAAAUAAGCCCAUUUAAUCAUCUUGUUCGAUACGGACCCACCAAUUCACGUGAAAAUUG